AUGGCCGUCUACAAUUCAAGCUGGGCCAAUCUAUUCCCUGGUGCCGUUAUGGUCAAUGCAGAGCAUAUUAAGUCUGACCACAUACCACUUGUUCUACACAUGGAGUAUGAGGUGAGCCCGAUUGUCCGGUCAUCUGGUGGGCUGAAAUCUUUUGAGGCCAGAUGGCUUAGAGAGGAAACAAUAGAGGAUAUUAUUAAGACUGUGUGGGACAGAGCUUGCAUGGAGCCUACGUUCGCUGCACGUACAUUGUCUGUCCAUGCAGAGUUGCAUGCUUCGGAUCGCUCAACGUUGAAAGCACCCAAGAAAAGAAUUGAGGAGCUAAAGAAGGAUAUGGAGUCUUUUCGUGCUGGCCCACUGACAUAUGACUCCAUAUUCCAGCUAAAAGAAAUUCAAUUUACAAUAGAAAGCCUCCUUGAGCAAGAGGAGAUUUAUUGGAUUCAAAGAGGCUGA